GAAGACUAAAAAUUACUUAGUCAUCGGAGUAUUCUUACUCCUGAUGACUGUAACUUCAGUCAAUGCUAGUUUCACUUGUGCAACUAACUGACUCAAAUGUUUUGGAGCUGCAGCGAAUCAGUGUACAGAAUGAGACCCUUCUUCAGGAACUCCAUAUUUGCAGGCAUUUACCUGUGUUGCAAGUUGUACAAUUGGAACAGCAGAUUCAGAGAGCAAUAUCUGCCUGAGUAGCAAGUAUGACACUGAUAAUGUUUGUGCAAAAGGAACUUAUAACCCAAGCGUUGGAGGAAACUCAGGUGGAUCUUGCCAAUCUUGUGACGGAGGUCAAUACUGUAAGGGAACAGGUCAAGAUGUUACCAAUGGACCAUGUAAAGAAGGAUAUUAUUGUACCUCAGGAGCAAAAUACUUAGCAAAUGAUGAUGGCAUUGCUGGAGCUACAGGAGGAAGAUGUGAUGCUGGAAAUUUCUGCCCUACAGGGUCAUCAGCCCAAACUACUUGUACAGCUGGAAAAUACUGCUCUGAAGACUACCUUAGCACUGCAUCUUUUGAUUGUAUUGAAAGAUAUUACUGUUCAGGAGGUACUAAUAAAGAGAGACCAAGCAGCGAUGCUACUAAUAAAGGUAAUAUCUGCCCAGUUGGUCAUUAUUGCCCUGCAGGAGCUUCUGCUCCUCAAAAAUGUCCUGCUGGAAAAUACCAACCAACUACAGGAGCUGCAGCCAAUUCUGAAUGCUUAGCUUGCCCUCCAGGAUCAUUUUGCCAAACAGCUGGGUUACAAACACCAACAGGGCAAUGUACUCAAGGAUUUUAUUGUGAAGGAGGAAAUACUGUACCUUCUCCGGCGACUAACAUUUGUGCUAUUGGGUACUAUUGCCCAACAGGAAGUGUACAGCAGAUCCAAUGUGAUGAAUCAAACUAUCAGAGUCAAGCUCAACAAGCUAUUUGCCCCGCUUGCCCAACCAACAAAUACUGUUUCGAUACAAAUUCACCUCAAGAUUGUGAGGCAGGAUACUAUUGCCCUGGAAACAACAAAAAGAAGGCUUGUCAUCCUGGUAAAUACGGAACUGCUGCUGGUACAAGUACUGAAGCAGCUGCUUGUAGCUCAUGUCUUCAAGGAAGAGCAUGUGAGACUUUUGGAAUUACCACUAACUCUAAAGCUUGUAAGGCUGGAUACUAUUGUACGACUGGGUCUAUCAGUGCUAUUCCUAAAAACUCAACUCAUGGAGGAGCUAGAUGUGCUAGAGGUAAAGUCUGUGCUGAAGGAUCUCAUGCCGAAUCUAACUGCGCAGGAGGAAAAUAUUGUGACAGGGUAGGAUUAGCAGACUCUAGUGGAAACUGUGAAGCUGGAUACUACUGUACUGGAGGAACUAUUAGACAAAAUCCUAGAGGAACUGGAGGAAAUGUCUGUCCAGAUGGUCACUAUUGUCCUGAAGGAAGUAGUUCAGCAACUAAAUGUCCCGUUGGAACUUAUAGAGAUGCUCAAGGAGGAACAGUCCUUUCAGAUUGAUUUGCAUGCCCUCAUGGUCAAUACUGUGAGAAUGAAGCUACUACUAAUCCAUCUCUUACAACAUGUUCAGCAGGAUUUUAUUGUCCAGAAGGGCAACAAGCAGGAAGCCCUACAGCUUAUGUCUGUCCAGCUGGAUAUUAUUGUGUUGCUGGUUCAAAAAUUCCAAUUAAAUGUGACGAAGGAACUUACCAAGCAAAUACUCAACAAAGCUCCUGUAAUGCAUGUCCUUCUGGCUCUUAUUGUGAUGGUUCUGAUAGUUCAACUCAUGUUGCAUGUCCUCCGGGAUAUUACUGCCCACAAGGAACAAAAUAUUCUACCCAAUAUCCUUGUCCAGAAGGAACAUAUCUAGAUAUAUCAGGUCAAGAUCACCAAAAUGAUUGUAAAGCCUGUCCUGCUGGAUAUUUCUGAGAUCAGAAAGGUCAAACUACGUACUCCAAAAAGUUACCAGCAGGAUAUUUCUCAACAGCCACAGGACUCACAGCUCCUAAUCCAUCUGAUGUGGGAACUACCAAAGGAACUUGUCUAACUGGUCAUUACUGUGAAGAAGGAACUUCAACUCCUACAGCUUGCUCAGCAGGAACUUAUAAUGAUGCAAGAGGAGCUACUAGUUCAUCAGAUUGAUUGAAAUGUCCUCCAGGAGAAUUUUGUGCUGUGGGAGGCAAGACCUACGCUGAGCUUGUUGCACUUGGAGGAACAUCUCAUGGAAAAUGUCUCCAAGGAUAUGUUUGUUACCCAGGAUCAACAAUUAACAAUCCAAAUGACAACAUACAGGGAGUUAUUUGUCCUAAAGGUUACUACUGUCCGACUGGAACUUUCACUCAGAUUGCAUGUCCACCUGGAUCUUAUGCUCCAAAUCAAGGGCAACACCAAUGAACAGACUGUCCAGCAGGUCAAUACUGUAACACUGCAGCGAUGGAUGCACCAAUUACUUGUACUCAAGGACACUAUUGAGCACUCAACACUGUUCAACCAAUUGCAUGUCCACCUGGCACUUAUAAUACAAACACUGGAAGUACUUCAUCAGCUGCCUGUACUGCUUGUCCAUCUCAAUACUACUGCGAUGAAGAAGGAAUGGUCAAUUAUAACUCUAAUAAAAGAUGUGCAGCUGGAUAUAUUUGUGGUGGAGGAGCUGACUCGGCAUACCCAAUCUCUUACUUAUCUUCUCAAGUAAACUACAAGUGUCCUAAAGGUCAUUUCUGUACACAAGGAGCUACUUCUGCAAGUUCGUGCUUAGCUGGAACCUUCCAAAACUCAUACGCUCAAAGCUCUUGUAAAGAUUGUCCUCCAGGAUAUUACUGUGGUACUGCUGGUCUAAGCACUCCUACUGGGUCAUGUACUGCUGGAUAUAUGUGCUAUGGAAAAUCUACAAUUGGCAACCCAACUGAUGGUACUGUAGGAGCAGUCUGCCCAGCUGGAUCUUACUGUACAACAGGAUCAGCAAAAGCCAUUAUUUGUGAAGAUGGUACUAAAACAACUGCAACUACACAAUCGUCAUGUAGUGACUGUGCUGCAGGAAAAUGGUGUACUGGAUCUACAGAAUAUGCAUGCCCAACAAGAAGAUAUUGCAUAGCUGGAUCAGUGAGAGGAGAAUUAUGCGAACCAGGAACAUAUAAUGAUGGAACUACUCCGGAUUUAACUUCUGCAGCUCAAUGUUCUGCUUGUCCAGCAAGAUACUACUGUAUUGAUGGCGUUAAAGGAUCAGAUUUUUGUGAAUCUGGACAUAUAUGCUUGGGAGGUGCUACAACUCCUCUCCCAGCAGGAACUUACGGAACUGACAAUAAUUAUCAAUGCCCAAAAGGAAGAUACUGCUUAAAAGCAGGAGCCACAAAUGCUAAUGAUGUCACAACAUGCUCAACAUCAAAAUAUACUUAUGGACUUGCAAAUGAUGCGAUCGAUGAUUGUUUGCCAUGUGCAGCUGGAUCAUAUUGCCCAACAACAGGAUUUGAACCAAUAGACUGUCCUGCAGGAUCUUACUGUAUAAAAGGAGUUACUACUCACACUCAAUGACCUAUUAACACUGUGAGAACUACAGCAAAUGCUCCAUAUGAAAGAGCUUGAGAGCAGUGUCCUCUUGGUCACUUCUGUAAUUCCGUUGGUUUAAAUACCCUUACCUCCAAACAAUGUUCUACAGGAAAAUUCUGCCCAAUAGGUACAUCAGCAGAAGUCAAUUGUCCUUCAGGAACUUAUAGGAAUACUGUUCAAGCAGGAGUGAAGGGUGACUGUACUCAAUGCCCUAUCGGAUAUUACUGUCCAGAAGGGACUACAAAUCCUGUUGCUUGUGUCAAUGGUCAAAGAUGUAAUGCUGGAAGCUCUCUCCCAAAAAUCUGUGAAGCAGGUAUGUACUGCCAAGUCGUUUCAGGAUCUCCAAGAAUGACCUUCACUUCAUGUACCCAAGGAUAUUACUGCCCCCAAGGAGCUACUGCACAAGUUGCUUGCACAGGCCUGAGUACAUCUUUGUGCCCUACUGGUUCUAAAUUUGAGGGAGGACAAUCAACUUCUUGUACAAAAGGAUAUUAUCUUUCAGGCUCACUUUGUAAAUUCUGUGAUAAAGGAUAUGUCUGUUAUGAUAACUCUCAGACAAGUAAUCCCACAGAUGGAACACAAGGAAAAAUUUGUCCUGUUGGUUAUUAUUGUGAUCCUGAGAUAAGUUUCACUGAAAUCCCGUGCCCUGCCGGUACUUAUAAUCCAAACACUGAGGGUAAAACAAUUGAUGAUUGCCUACCAGCUCCUCUUGGAUUUUAUCAAUCUGCUACUGGACAAUCAACUACCAUUCAAUGUGGAACUGGUGGUACUACUCUUGCGACAGGAAGCACACAAUGUAGUUGUAAAGGAAAAUACAGGUGGUGGAAGAGCGAAGCAAAUACAUGCCAAUGUAAGAAAGGAUAUUCAAGCAAUCCAAACAAGUAUGAAGUUUUCAGAACUUCAGGACAGUAUGAAGACUUAGAUUGCGGACUUAACAUGUGCUCCCCUGCUUGUGGAACUGGACAGUUCUGUAACAGUGAAUUUAAAUGUGAAAGCACAGAUUGUAAAACAUCAUGCCCUCAAGGAGAUGGAGUUUUCAGCAGUACAACUCAAUCAUGAUCUUGCUCUAAUGAUCCCCAAAAUGCAACUGCUGCUUGUGACACUACAUGUCAAGCUGCUGCAGCUACUUUCUACUAUGAUUCAUCAACUAGUAAAUUCUGCUGUAACUUCCCUUGUGAUUCAUCAAACCCUGUCUGUAAAACAGCAACUGAACUUGGUAUGUAUUCAGGAGGUGGAACUAUUUCUGGAAAUAUCCCAUCAAUGAGAGCAGGUAGCUCAGGUAGCUACGAAUGCCCAUCAACCAUACUUGCUUUUAAACCGGCUUGCUAUACCAGUGUCUAUUCAAGAAGAGCUUUAGGGUCUGAUGAUGAAAAUGGAAAGAGAAACUUACAAGCAUCAGCUUCUACAUAUGACCAAACGAUUAUUUGCUUAACCUCAUCAGUUACAACAGUAACAUGGCAAGUGUCAUCAACAAGUUUCCCAGUAUACAAUAAGGACCAUCCUCUGAAUGAUGAUACUAGCUUUGAUUCAUCUUCUUUCGAUACUCUGAAAACUAAACUAAUCAGCAGUGGUGUCUCUCUGAAUACAUUCACUUAUUCAUUCUCUGGAGUUUCAGGAGAGACCGCUUUGGUGUUCAAUGAUUAUACUUCAACCUCUAAAAUAACUGUUGUUGCCUUAAACAGAGCAAGUUGUCCUGAUGGAAAUGUUCUCCCAUUCAAUGAUGAAACUCUGAAAUCUGUUGGAAUCAGUAAAGCUUCCUUCCUCGAGCUCACCCCAAUGGAAGAAUGGCUGAUUGUUUUCCCAAUAAUGUUUUGUUUAAUCGGUGUUCUCUUUGGAGUCCUGGUUAAAUUCAUCGAAGGCAAGAUAGAAGAGCGUAGAAUUGCCAUGGCUAGAAAGCAGAAAGAGUUUAUUAAAGAAGAUGGUUCAGAAGACAGGAUCGAGCAUCUCAAAAAUUUGUAUAAGAUCAUCCAACAAUGCCUUAAUGAGCUUGAUGACCCAGAGAUAGAAAAGAAGCUUAUUGAAGGAGAUUCAAAUGAAUAUGAGACUAACCUUCAAAAUGAGAAGGCAGACAUGAUCAAUGAAACGAUCAACAAAUUCUUCAAUGACUUCAGAUUCCAAGAUGGAGAAAUGGUCACAGAUAAAGCUCAGAACGAAAGUACUGAGAACAGUGAAGAUAGCAAGAGAAAGAUUAAUGGAAGCAGUACAGAUCCAGAUGCUGAAGGUGAGGAAGAAGAGUACUACCCAGAUGAUUAUGAUGAUAUCCACGACCUUGCUGACCAAGAUUCUCAAGAAGAGUUCGAUCCUCAUCUCAGUGACCUUCUAGGAGAAGAACCUAUCGAAGAACAGAAUGAGGAUGACGAAGACGAAGGCAAAGAUGUAGAAGCUAUCCUCUCCAUUAGAAAAGAGAACGAGCGUAAAAGAAAGGAAUAUGAAGAAAGCCUCAAGAGACUCGGCCUUUCAGAAGAAGAAAGAAGAGAACUUAUGGAAAAAUACGAGGAUUCUCUCAGAAGAGCCAGAGAAAUGAUGGAAGGAGACCAAGAAGCACAAGAGAAGAAACGUCUUCAAAGACUAGAAGAGAGAAGGAAAAAGAGAGAAGAAGGUCAGAGAAAGAUGAAGGAACUAGAAGAAAAUGAAAAGGAGAUUCACAAGAAGUAUAAGGAUAAUCUAGUUGAUCUUGAUAAUGCUAUUGAAGACAGAGUUGCCAAUAUCAAUGAUGAUGUCCUUAAGCAAGAAAAGAAACAGAAGAACGAGCUUGAGUUGAGGCUAAAGGAAAGACUCAAAAAGUUCAAGGACAACUUCUACAAAAAGAUAAAAGGAAAAUCCGGAAACAAUCAGAAGAAACUUAUCGCUGAGCAUGAGAGAGAAAAUGAGAGACUUCUCAAAGAUCUUGAUAGAGAAAGAUUUAUUCAAGAAAAGAAAUUGGCAAAGACUAGAGAAGCUAGAAGAAAGAAGCUUGUCGAUGAAGCCACACAAGACUUAGUUGAGACCAAAGAUAGUGUACUCAGAGAGCAAGCUGAUGAGCUUGAAGAUGUCCAAAGACAAAAAUUACUUGUUGCUGCCCAAUAUGGCCUUGAAGACGAUCUCUACGGUAAAGGAGUUACCAAAGCUGAUGAAGAAGAGGAAGAAAAGAGAAGACUCAACAAUAUGAAAGAGAUAGAGCUCAUGAGACUAAAACAGAAGCAUCGUCUUGAAAAAGAGAUGGACGACCUGAUUGAAGAUGCAUAUCCUCAAGAGCAGGCUAACUUUGAGAACAUGAACACCAACAUCAAUCAAGAAAGGGAAGCCUUCCAGAAACGAAUCGAUAAUGCUUCUUCUGAAAGUGAGAAAGAAAAACUCCUUAGAGAGCUUGAAGAGAAAGAACAAGAGUGGACUGAAAACCUUGAGAGACAGAGACAACUCCAAGAGCAGCAGCUUUUUGAGAAGAAAAAGAGGAGAGAACUGUACAGAAUGAGGAAUAAGUUCAGACUUGAUGCUAAGCACAGAGAUGAAGACUUACAAAAAGAACUUGAACUCAUGGAAUUCGAAGCUUUCAAGAGAGAGUCUGAAGGAUUUGAAAAAAUCAAUGAACUCUUGGAAGAAAAGAAGGGUGAUAAAGAUCUUCCGUUAAUGGUCUAUAAAGGACUCGAAGAAAUUGUUAACAGAAGAUUAGAUGAUCAAUCAAAGAAGCACUUCUAUGAACUCUCAGGAAAGUUAUCAAAUCUCUACACCAAUAUUGCUUUUGAUAAAGCUUUGGCUAGGAAGAACCUCGAAGAAGAUAUGAACGAUAAGGUAAAAGAGCUUGAUUCCAGAAACGCACCUAGUCAGGAGUUCCAGAAGGAGAUCAACAGGUUCCAAAAGGAACUCGACAGGAAGGGCAAGCAGCAGGAGCAAGACCUGAUCAGGAAGCAGAUGGAGGAAGAAAUGACCCUUAGAGAACAACUUAAGGAAAAGAACUAUGAUGAGAAGAGAGGACUUGAGGAAGAUCUUGAUAAGAAGAAGGAAGAAAUCCUCAAGAAACUUUCGAAAGACUUCAGAAAUGAGGACAUCCUCAAACUCUUGAUGGCUAGAAGUAGGGAAGAACUUGAUGAAAGGCUGCUCAAGAUCGCUGAGGAUAAAGAAAAUGAUAUUCAAAAGAUCAAAUUCAAGCUUGUUGCUAAGAACAAGAAGGAUCUGGCUGAGAUGGAGAAGAGGCUUGAAGAAGAUCUUGCUAAGGCUAAGAGGCAGGAAGAGAUCAAUUUUGAGAAGAAGAAAAAGAAGAUGCUUAAAGAUCUCAAGUCUAAAUACAUGGAAGGGCUCAAAAAUAGAGAAAAUCUUACUAAAGACCAGAAGGAUAUGCUCUUGAAGAGACAUGAAGAUGAGAUUAGCAGAUUUGAAAUUGCCCUUGCUAAAGAAAAGGAAAGACAGUUCACAAGAAUGAGAGAGAAACUUAUCCUCAAGAGACUCGAAGCUGAAAAAGAAAAGGAACAUAAGAGAAGAGAAGCUAGAAUUAACAGACAGCUUAGAGAAGACGAUGAAGACGAAGAUGAAUCAAGAAGACGUAGAAGAAAAGGAAGAGGAAAGCAUGAUAACCUCUUGAGCCAACUCACUGAUGUCAUGUCUGAAAGAAUGGAAAGCCAAUAUGACAAAUCUUCAGUUAUUCCAAGAAGACACGGAGUCAAUCUUAAUGUCAUGUUGAGAGGAUUGAAGGAUAGCAUCCUUGAUAGACAGCAAAAUGAUAAGAAAUUCGAUCCAACUCUUUACCUCAAGUUCAAGGGAGAUGACAAUGAUGAAGAGUUCGAAUUCCAAAGACUCCAGACUGAUGCGGUUUCCAUGAAAUCAACAGUCACAGAACCCGAUGCUUCUAGGCUCCUUAGAAGAAUUAUCAGGGUUGAGAAGAUCUCUAGCAAGAUCAACGAGAACAAGAUUCUUCCAAGAAUGUAUAAGAAGACUCACUAGAUACUUUUGGACCAGAAUUUGACCCUCAGUUGAUAAAUCUUGGGAGGUCUUAGCUACUUAGUGUAGCUAGAUUUACUUAUUUUACAAGAUUCACA